AUGUUCGCUGUACUGCACGAAGUUUACUUUGUGCUACACUACAUCCUCAAGGCUCAUGUCGCUCCCGACCAAACUAAGCAUGGACUGACAAACAUAUAUCAAAGUGAUGAAGAGGCGUACGAUGCUGACACGCUGAAUUACAUUCGCGACACAAUCUACCCGCUGUACUCUACCGUCCCCGAAGCGAAGGAAGAACGAAAGUCGAUCUUGAAGCAUGUCAAAGUCAGCACCGUGAGUCGACCCAAACCGCUUUGGCGCCGAAAAGACCCGACUCCCAGCAACAUCACCUACACCAGGAACAACAAGACAGAGGUCGAGGAUGAUGACGACAACGACUCUCUCCCAAUUCCAGUCGUCACCUACGUCCAUGGAAAAGGCUGCGUCUUUUCAGAUAGUCCUGACGUGGUCAUCAAACCGGCCGACUUCGUCAAAGCAAUCGAUGACCUUGCAAAGACCAGACACGACGAAUUGGCCAAGAUGCUUGAGGCGAAAACCAGUCAAUCUGAACAGGUCCCAUACACAGAAGGUGGCAGAACCCGUGCUGUAUCAACUUGGACUUCGUCUUCGGAUACAGAGUCCUCGAGCAACUCCGCUUCUUCAACCCAUGGCAGCACUGUUUCGGAAACAAGUACAACCUCACCCACCUGCACCUCUACGGCAUCGUGGGAGGAGGGUAGCGAAAGCAAGAGCGUCUACUACGAGAGACGCAAGGCUGAAAAGGCAAAGGAAGAUGCGGAGCUCGUUGACCUCAUGGCUCGCCUGGUAGCCGAAGAAACCACGACUCGUGUCCGCAAUGAAAUGGGCCGGCUCCAAGCAUGCAUGGCAACCAGCAGCCUCACCAAGGGGUUGUACUUUAAACGCUGCAACGGCAUGUUCAGGAACGCGCUGGAUGAUGAGCUGUUGUUGCUGGUGCCAGGUGCAUCCUCAGCUUCGGCUUCGGCUUCGGCUUCACAUGUCUCCAAUACGUCUACAGUCCAGAAAGGAACCGAGGCCACCAAAUUCAAGAGUGAUAAGUCCGAGAGUUCCAAGAUGUCAACUGUGGCUACUGCUACCACUAGUACUACGACCGUUGACCUCGCCGCUACGGUCGGCGGUGUCGCUGAGAUUGCUCCUGGCGCCACCAAGGUCGAGACCUGCGUCGGUGCAUGCACGCUCUCAGGAGCAGGCUACGCUCUCCUCGCACACGAAGAAAACGUCCCGACCUCCCCGACGUCGUCGACCUACGGAGAUGGCGACACCGACAGUGAUGACAACAACGGAGAAAAGGACAUGGCCACCUUCUUCGCCGCCGUCGAACACGUGCGUGCCAACCCGCAGCUCUUCAAGUUCACCACGCCGAUCCUGAUGAGCCGCGAAGCACUCGUGCGUGACGGCAAGGUCGAAGCCACCAGUCUCGAAGAGACAAGCUGGUUCUUCAACAACCUCCAGCGACGCGUUCGACUUGCACCGUCGUCAGUCGAGGAGUAA